CGCCAGCGGGUGCGGCGUCAUCGCGGCGCGACGCCCCGGCGGGGGACGGUGCGGGGUCCGGCUGGGCGCGGCGGCGGGCCGGGAAGAUGCCAGUGGCCGUGAUGGCGGAGGGUGCCGGCGGCUUCCGGAAGCUGCUGGACCAGUGCGAGAGCCAGGAGCUGGAGGCCCCGGGCGGGGUCGCCGCGCCCCCCGUGUACAGCCAGCUGCUCGCCCUGUACCUGCUGCACAACGACAUGAAUAACGCGAGAUACCUCUGGAAGAGAAUCCCACCUGCCAUCAAGACCGCGAACUCGGAGCUGGGCGGGAUCUGGUCUGUGGGACAGAGGAUCUGGCAGCGGGACUUCCCGGGCAUCUACACGACCAUCGGCGCCCACCAGUGGUCCGAGACGGUGCAGCCCAUCAUGGACGCGCUGAGAGACGCCACGCGGAGACGCGCCUUCGCGCUGGCCUCGCAGGCCUACACCUCCAUCCUGGCCGACGACUUCGCCGCCUUCGUGGGGCUGCCCGUGGAGGAGGCCGUGAAAGGCAUCCUGGAGCAGGGCUGGCAGGCGGACUCCAGCACCAGGAUGGUCAUGCCCAGGAAACCCGUCGCAGGUGCCCUGGACGUGCCCUUCGGCAGGUUCAUCCCCUUGUCAGAGCCGUCCCCGGUCCCGCCCGUGCCCAGCGAGCAGCAGCUGGCCCGGCUCACCGACUACGUGGCCUUCCUGGAGAACUGACGCCCGCCGCCCGAGAGAUGGAGAGUUUUAUUUUCAGAGCACUGGCCCGAGGGAGCCUCGCGCGGCAGCGGGGGUGCAGUGCGUAUAGAAUAUAAAUAUAUUAUCUAUAUUUUGUCCUCCACGUGCCGCUGACCGUUGUUGAACCCGUUCCCUUUCGUGCCGCCGCGUCCGCAUGGCACGGGCCUGUUUGCAGCGAGGCCGCGCCCCGCCCUCGGCUGGGCAGCUGCGGGCGCGGGGUCGCACCCGUGUGGCCGUGGCGGGCCCGGGGCUGUGCAUGCCGCGCUCCUCCCGGGGCCGCCCCACCCCGUCCCCCCGGCUGCGCCUUCUGGUCACGCCCGGCUCGUUCACUCUGCAUUUGUUCAAUAAAUAUUUAAUGGAAUUUUCAA